UUCUCCGCGCGCCCAAAACCGCCGCCCUCCACCCUUCGCGCCAAAAACCAAACCCUAGACCUCCGCGACAAUGCCGCCGCCGCCGCCGCCGCCGGUGGCGCGUGAGGUGGCGGAGAUCGCCGCGGAACCGGACCACGCUGCGGCGUACGCGUGGCUCCUCCACCUGCAGCGCGGCUGCGCCGACGACCCCUCCGCCGCCGCGGACCUCGCCGCCGAGCUCCCCUCUCCGCUCCUCCCGCUCCUACUCCGCGACGCGGCCGACCCUGACGAGGCCGUCGCGGCCUCCGCGCUCAAGUGCCUCGGCUUCGCGCUCUACCACCCCGUCCUCGUCUCUACCAUCUCAGCGCAGAUGGCCCAGGCUGUAUUGGAUACCUUGGUGCAGCUAAUCAUGAAUACUCGGGUGAAGUCUGUUUGUAAUUUGGGAAUCUGGUGCAUCUCUGUUCAGCAGUUGGAACCAUUGAUUAUAGAGGAUAGAGCAGACCAAGUGGUUACUGCUAUUGUUCAUGCACUCGACAAUCCAUUUGGUUCCUUGUCAACAACAUUUGAGGGAGCUCAGGCUAUCAUGAAGCUUUCUUGUCAAAGUCGCAAAAGGAUGAGGGACCUAUCAAGCUUAUGGGUUCCACCAAUAUACCGGAGACUCUUAAGUGCUGAUAAACCACAAAGGGACAUGGCAGAAAGAUGCCUCAUUAAAGUGUCAUGCAUUAUCCUACCACCUCAACCGCUUCUUUCCAAGGCUGUAGCUAUAGACCUUGAGCGAAAGGUUCUCUGCCGCAUGAUGAAUAUGCUUGAUGAUCCUUCAAAGAAAGUUCAAGCAGUGAGGUCAUGGGGAUGGAUCAUAUCUUUACUUGGUACAUAUGCAGUGAAUAAUAGACCUCUACUUAAUAAACUCCUAAAGGUUCCUGAACAGAUGUUCAUCGAUGUAGACACACAAGUCCAGAUUGCUACAAUGGUUUCCUGGAGAAAUUUGGUAGAUGCAUUUUUUCCAUCUCAGGCUACAGAAUCUGUGGGUCAAGAAACUGUGAUUGCCCCAUCAGAACCCAGAGAACAUGCAACUGCUCAGGUGAAAAGGACAAGGUUAAUUAUGGUGCCUUUAUGUCAAGUUCUUUCGAGAAGUCGUAAUAUUGUUCUGAGCUCUUCUUGUUUGAGUACAUGGAAUUACCUUCUGCAUAGACUCGGUAAUUUGAUCAACCAUUUACCCAUACUGGAGGCUGCUUUUGGGCCAAUACUCAAAAUAAUUUUCUCAUUUGGAAUCAAUGAUCAGAACAAGCCACUGUGGUCAUUUUGCAUGAAUCUUUUUCAUGAUUUUAGUUCAUCAAAAAGCAGGCACAGAGAGGAUUUAUGUACUGCAGUGAAUCAGAACUUGGUUGCCCAAUCUUGUAUGCAUCUCAAGUCUUUGCUGAGUGCUCAAAAUAUCAAAUGGCUACCAUGGGACAUUGGUUGCUUUCAUUUUCAACUCGACAUUCUUGGCACAAUUCUGAAUCCAGAACUGUUACAGGACAUGAUUCCUGAAAAGAUGCUGAUUGUUAUGGAUUCUGCAACAGAGAUAUUCAAGUUUCUUGUAGUAGGACUUCGAAUUGAACUUAAAGAAAAGCGUUCUUAUGAACAAGUCAGGCUUUGCAUUACAGAUCUCUGCAAGUUUGUAAAGACGAAGUUGUUUCAGGAUCAUGUAGGAAAGCAUAGUGGUAACAAGUGUGCAAUGCUACUGGAUUUUGGUCUUCAAUUUGUGAAAGUUAUUGUGGGGGAGUUGGAUCAUUCUCUUUUAAAUUCUGAAAAGAUUGAGAUAUGCUUAGACAUCGAAUACAUGAAGGAGAACCGGUCUGCAGAAUGCAGUCCAAAGGUCUCUUUUCCAAGAAUCAAACCACUUUCUUACAUGGAGAUGGUUUCUCCAGCAGUUUAUGUGACUGCACUGUCUCUGUCCAUGGUAGCUCAGUAUACUGGAGAGCUGUCGCAUGGAGAUACUGAGAAGUUGGCUUUUAUUCUCUCUUCAUCAGAUAUCCUGAAGAGUCUUCAUGCUGUCGUUUCUUUUAUGUAUAUGCAGAUCAUGUGUCCGAUGUUUAAUAGGCAAAGAUUAAAAUGGUUGAUGGUGUGGACCAUAGUUGCAAAACACUUGAAUGAGAGAAUUAUCUCUACUUUUGGAUCAAGUUCCUACGCUGUGCUCCGUCAUUUCUUCUGCUAUCCGUUUUUUACUUUUUUAUACCCUGGGGGCUUGUCUACUAUUUGGAAUGCUGAAAAUAGCUCAUGUGCUCCUGUUGCGCAAGACCUGGAGGUGGAAUUAGCCAUUGAAGUUUAUAAAUCCCUCUGUACAAGCUCCUGUAAAUCAAAGGCUACAUCAAAGGUUUUCUUUGAGGGUUUUUAUGACUAUUUGGUUGACAUUAUUGAUGAACACAUGGCAUUGUUCCAAGCCAACGUUCAGCAUUGUCCAGAGAAGUUAGAAAAUACUGCUAUCCUUUCUGCUCUCUGUGAAGUAGUCCUUGGACUCUUAGAGAAUGAUCAAAUCUUAGCAUAUGCUAACCAAGAGUUGCAUGAAACAAAUGAAGACUUCAUUGGUUGCAGGCAGCCUAGCCUUUUUUUGAGCUGCUUGAACCUUGUUAACAGGUUUAUGAGGUUUUCAAUAUUUGGUUUCAAAGCAAAUCCAGCUGGACAGCACCAAGUCACAAGCAGGUUUUUUCAAUCUUUAUCCAAUUUUGUUGGGCAUGUCAAAUUAAAUGAAGAUAUUCUUCUUCUUUUCGAGAUUAUUGGAGAUCAACUUAUUGAGUGGCUCUCUUUAUCUUCCACAUUGUACUGUGAAAUGCAACAAGGAAAAAUCAUUUACCAGUUUGAGAAACUUUGGCUCAAGAUACUCGAGUGUCUGAAGAUGAGCCAGCUCAUCAGUGAUGGCCCCUUUAGUCAGAAGCAGCGACUUCUUCAAGUGGCACUCAAUCACCCGCAUCAUGUCAUUUCAGCCGCAACAGCAUCAGCAUGCAGAGCAGAGGCAAAUAUCAAGAUAAGCCUGCACUCUGGUUGCUUAGGUCCUAAGUUGGAUGGAUUGUUAAUGGAUAGAAGAAAGGGUCAUAAUAGCUCCAUCGGUGAUGGCAAAGCCAUUGCACGUGAAGAAAUUGACAUCUCGAGCAGGGUUGUAUUGCCAACAUCGAAGAAAAGAACCAAGCACACAGAUAGGGGUGCUGGAUCUCUGAAGAUCUCUGCGGGUCUGGGGCGGAAAAGGCUGAAGAUCAUGAAAUAUCCAACUAAGCCAAAGGAACUCAACAAAAAUACAGCUCAUAUUGGCUGCAUUAGCUCUAGGAUAGAUAACGUCUUCUCACCAUGUUGCGUGGAAAGCAAAGAAUGUAGGAAACCGGAAUUGAUACUGGAAAUGCUCAAGAGAAAGAAAUAACAUUUUUAAACUGA